AUGAAACAUGUUAAAACAAUUGCGAGAUUAAAAGAAUUUUCGAUCUCUACUUUAGGGAUUCGAUUUUUUUUUUCAGCACCAUUACUGCACGAUGUGGAAUUGAAUCUGAGUGUCAAAUGGGUACAGAAUGGGGUCACUGUUGCUGGAGGAAAUGGAUGCGGUAGAGAAAUAAAUCAACUUAACUAUCCAUAUGGUUUAUGUGUUGAUGAUGAUAAAACCAUCUACAUUGCUGACCGAUCGAAUCAUCGCAUUGUCGAAUGGAAAUGUGGUACGACGACUGGUCGGGUUGUAGCCGGCGGAAAUGGACAAGGAAAUCGUUCUGACCAGUUGAGUGAUCCAACAGAUGUGAUUAUUGAUAGAGAACGAGAUAGCCUCAUUAUUUGUGAUUCUAAUAACAAGAGAAUAGUUCAAUGGCCUCGUCAAAAUGGUACAAAUGGAGAAACGAUCAUCUCAAAUGUUGAAUGCUUGAGUUUGACAAUGGACGAUAAUGGAUUUCUCUAUAUUGUUGAUUAUGAUAAACAUGAAGUCAGACGGUAUCAAAUGGGAGAAAAUCAAGGAAAAGUGGUUGCGGGUGGAAAUGGGCAAGGAGAUCGUCUCGAUCAGUUGUCUAAUCCAACAAACGUAUUCGUCGAUCGAGAUCAUUCAGUUUACGUAUCGGAUUACAAUAAUAAACGUGUGAUGAAGUGGAUGGAAGGUGCCAAACAUGGUAUUGUUGUGGCUGGUGGUCAAGAUCAAAAAAAUAGUUAUACACAUUUAUCAAAUCCCUUAGGCGUUGUUGUAGAUCACUCAGGUACUAUCUAUGUGGCUGACAAUAGGAAUCAUCGAAUAAUACUUUUGUCUCAAGGAGGCACACACGCAAGUGUUAUUCUUGGUGGAAAUAAUGAAGGAAGUCAAUCAAAUCAACUAUCUUAUCCCAUCAGUUUAUCAUUUGAUCGAGAGGGAAACCUCUAUGUGAGUGAUAAUGGAAAUAAUCGAGUACAAAAAUUUGACAUCGAUCGAAGUUGA